AUGACACUCCUGGGCAACCUGCUGAUCAUCCUGCUUAUCCGCCACGAUGUCCACCUCUACUGCUCCCCCAUGAAUUUUUUCCUCAGCCACCUCUCCUUGGCUCAUAUUGGCUCUCACUCCUUCACAGUUCCCAAGAUGCUGCAGAACCUACUAACUCACCCCAAGCACAUAUCCUACGGGGGCUGCUUGGCUCAAAUGUUAUUUUUCCUGGGCUUUGGAAACACAGAAAGUUUUCUCUUGACCUCUAUGGCAUUUGAUCACUAUGUGGCCAUCUGCCUCCCACUGUGUUAUACCCUACUGAUGAGUCAGAGACAUUGCCUCCUGCUGGCCAUGGGCUGCUGGCUCCUGGACUUUCUCCACUCCCUGCUCUACACCCUGAUGAUGGCUUUCCUCUCCUGUGCCUCCCGGGAGAUCCCGCACUUCUGCGACCUCCACCUUUUAAUCAAGUUCUCCUGCUCAGACACCUCAGCCAUUCAGAUGACAACUCUCACCAAAGGAAAUGUGACUAUGGUGGGCCCGUUCACCAUCACGCUUCUCUCCUACAUCCUCAUUUUCUGCAGGGUUAUCAAGAUCCCAUCAGCUGCUGGAAAACGCAAGGCCUUUUCCACCUGCAGUGCUCACCUUGCCACUGUCAUCCUGUUCUUUGGAACAGUGAUAGCGGUGUAUGUCCGUCCCUCCUCCACCUACUCUGGUGCCAAGGUCAGGGUGAUGUCCGUGGCCUACACAGCUGUGACUCCCAUGCUUAACCCCUUCAUCUACACACUGAGGAACAUCAUGAUGCAGCAGUCUCUGCGGAAAUGCAUCAGGGUUAAAUCUGCGUGCCGGGAAACCUUGACUUCCCCAGGCUUCUUUAAUUUCAGUCAAGUAAUCCUGAUGGUCAAGAGACUCAUCCUUUAA